AUGGCGUCAAACACUGAAACUACCUCAUCUACUUCUUCACAUCGCAAGCUUUCUCCAAUGGAAGAUCCUCGCAGUCCAUUUUUUCUGCAUCAUGGUGAAUCUCCUGGUGUGAUCCUCGUUGCUCCACACCUAACUGAGGAUAAUUAUCCAACCUGGGCUAGAGCAAUGAUAAUGGCUUUGGAUGCUAAGAGCAAACUUGGUUUUGUUGAUGGCUCCAUCACUGUUGCAAUGGCAAUUACACCGCUCGAGAAGCACGCUUGGUCAAAAUGCAACUCGAUGAUCUCAUCUUGGAUCUUGAAUUCUGUUUCACCUCACAUCAAAGCUAGUGUUAUUUACAGAGACACAGCUCGUGCAGUGUGGAAUGCACUCAAAAUUCGCUUCCAGCAAGCAAAUGGACCAAGAAUCUCUCAGCUCCAGAAGUAG